GACACCGGUGCUCAGGGAUGGAACUGGGAAAUUGCACAGGACGCGUUACCGCCGAAAGCGGAAAUGCGGAAAUUGUGCACAACCAACGACUCCGACGACACCACAGCAUUGAAGAGCCUUCACAAUGAGAGCGGUCAUACAACGGGUAACCAGCGCCAGCGUUACAGUUGGCACAGAAGUCGUAGGCAAAAUAGCAAAAGGGCUCUGCGUGUUGGUCGGGAUAACCAACGAUGACGAUGAGAAGGAUGUUGAUUGGAUGGUCAAGAAGAUAACGACGUUACGACUGUUUGAUGAUGAAGCGGGCAAAUCGUGGGCCAAGAGUGUGAAGGAUCUGGACCUGGAGGUUUUGAGUGUGUCGCAGUUCACCCUUUACGCUCUGGCGAACAAAGGGUCAAAGCCUGACUUCCACCUCGCUGCGAAAGCCGAUAUAAGCAAAGACAUGUACCACGGCUUCUUAGAAAAGCUGGGAAAAGCGCAUAAACCGGAUAAAAUACAAGAUGGACGAUUUGGAGCAAUGAUGGAUGUGCAUAUCAACAAUGAUGGGCCGGUGACCAUCAUACUGGAUUCCAAACAGAAACAAUAAGGGUCGGACCAUUGAAGUGCCGCGACUUUAGCUUUUAGACAUUAGUAGGAGCGAACGUAUGAAGGUCGGAUAUCAGACUAGAAGUUUGGGCUUGAAUGCUCG